GAACAGGUAUCGCACCGACCAACGUUCGAGAAAAGAGCCCUCGGAAACCGAUCAAAAUACAACAAAAACAAAAAUAAAGGAGGACGCUUCCCACACCCGCUCAAAGAAAAAAUCGAAGGGUAACGUACCAGCACCAGGCCCCACGCACCAGGGCAUGGGAGUAACGGAGCAAACAGGGCAAAGAGGCGGCAUAUGGGCAGACAGCCAGUCGUACAAAAAAACAAAGGCAACAGCAAAGCGAGAUCAAGGUACCCAACACAGCAGAG